AUGGCAGUCCCAUUUUAUACGUUCAGCGUAUUAUCAGUUUUAUUGUAUUAUGUCCAAGCUUCGCCAAUAUGUCACAAUCCUGGAUUAGAGGUCAGCAAACUCGUAUGCUCUCCUGGUAAUUACAGCGAGUUUAUACUCACACGGGGUAUUGUAUCAGACAAUAAUAUAACAACGUCUAUAAUUCUAAGCAAUUGUAGGAUAAGUGACAUUGAUUUUGAAUCAUUCGAGCGACUCCCAGCGCUCAGGCAUCUCGAUCUAUCUAAAAAUAAGAUCACUAGAUUGCAACUAGGUGUAUUAGAUGGUUUCAGAGCACUGACGCAUUUAAAUCUAUCUAACAAUUAUUUAACAACAUUCCCACUAGGCUUGUUUGAUGAAAAACCCAAUUUAAUUAAUCUAGAUGCAAGUUUCAAUAGAAUAGACACCUUAGUAUUGGGAGUUUUUGAUCCUUUAAGGAAAUUGGAACAUCUGGACCUCUCAAGCAAUUCUUUGAUGGGAAACAAUGUUGAUCCAUAUCUCUUUGAUCGCAGCCGGAAAAUAAAAUAUUUAAGCUUUUCUAGAAACAAUAUGAAUAAUGCCCAAGAUAUUUUGCUGCAUGCAGUUAGUGAAUUACAAACACUUGAAUUGGAAGAAUGUGAACUUGAAGAUAUCCCAGACUUUUUCGUUGUAAGGAGUUUUAAAGCACUGAAAAAUCUUAAUUUGUGCAAUAAUGCUUUGAAGGAAGUAAAAAAUUCGCACUUUAGUAAUACAUCAACAUUGUGGACACUCGAUUUAAGUGAUAAUGUAAUAGAGAAUAUCGAAGAAAAUGCCUUUAAAUCAUUGACCAAAUUAAGAAUUAUCAAUUUACGAAAUAAUCUUCUAAAGGUAAUUCCGGAGACCUUAUUUCAAAAUAUACCAGCACUUGCGAAUAUUGAUAUGUCACACAAUUUAAUAGAAUAUGUUCCUGUUAAUGCAUUUAGAGGGACUAAGCUGAAAAAUUUGAACUUAUCAAAGAAUAAAAUCACAUAUCUACAAGACAAUUUCUGUUUGGAAUUAAGGAAUUCGGGUGCAAUAUUGACAAAGUUUUAUUUCAAUGAUAAUCCCUGGCAAUGUUCUUGCUUGAGAGAUAUUAUAAACGAAGUGAAAAAGUUUGAAAUUAUCUACAACAGUGCAAAAUAUGAUGGAAAGCAUCCAGUAUGUGUGGUAUCGGAUACAAAUAAUUGUCAUAGACACAUUGAAAAUAAUGAACAGUUCCUCGACUUAUAUGAUAGUAUAAUAAACAAUUAGCAUAUAUUAUUUUUUAUGGCACGCCUUGUUAUGUAGAAGUUGUUAUAUAUAUUGUAUUUUAAGUACAUUUUUUUAAUAUAAGCGUCAUCUAUGGGUAAGUGAUGGAACUUCUAUGUGAAUAUUUUGAACUUUGAUGAAAUAGAAUUCUGUGCGAAAACAGUGACAUCUAUUGUAUAGAUCUUUCAAAUUUUACUUCUAGUUCUUAAAACUACCGAUAGGUGUCGGUACCGAUUUUUAUUUGUAAGAUCUGUAUUGUUAAGUUUUUUUUUGUAUACAUCUUUUUAUAAUGUAUGGUUUAUACUCCAAACACACAUAAUAAAUAUUAAUACUGAAUACCUUGACUUUAUAUGUCAAUAAAUUGGUUCAAAAACAAA